CCGGUCAUUCGUUCAUUCAUUCAAAAAUCUCAUCGAUUUGUUUCAUCCUACAUGUGUGUUAAAAUUUAUUUUAGAAUACAUGAAGAAAUAAGGAUUAAACCUUAGUAAAUCUAGUGCAAUUUAUCAGUUUAAAUCAAAAUACAUCAAAACACAUUUCAGAUAAUCCAAGAUGAGUUCCGGAGGAACACGCGUGUAUGUCGGUGGGCUCGUAGAAGGAAUCAAAAAGGAAGAUCUCGAAAGGGAAUUUGACAAAUAUGGCAAACUGAACUCAGUUUGGGUGGCGCUAAACCCCCCUGGGUUUGCUUUCAUAGAAUUUGAGAACAUGCAGGAGGCGGAAGAUGCGUGUAGUGCUAUGAACGGCUUCGAAAUGCUAGGCGCGACCUUAAAAGUGGAGCUCUCGAGAAAACGGGAGGGCGCGCGUAGGAACGGUAACUUCAGAGGCGGGCGCGGGGGCGGCGGCGGCGGUGGCGGCGGCGGCGGCAGCUUCAGGGGACGCUCCUUCGGCGGCCCGGGCGGCAACAACCGCCCCUUCAACUCCUACGGAGGCGGCCGCCCCUACAAUCGCAACGGACAGGGUUACGGGUCGGGCAACGGUGGUGGUGGUGGCAACUUCAGAUCGCGAUCGCCCAUCUCUCGAUUUUAAUUUAGUCAUAGAUAUUAGUUAGGUUAGUGUUAUCGUAAUCUGAAGCCUUCCAAGUGUUAAAAUUCAAUGUUUGAUAACACUGGAGGGUUUAAUGCUGGGAAGAGUUCUACUAUUGUCUCGGAGUUAGAGAUUCCAUGGCAUUUAAAGGUCUCGAGUCAAAUAAUUCAUUGAGAAGAAUUUAUGAACAAUCUUCAGUGGUUAUUUAACAUUUUACCUAAAUAAUUAUUGCUAAGUUUCCUUUAUAAUUAAAAUAUAUUAUUACUUCAA